GUGUAUAGAAAAGUAGAACCAGCUAUCGAGUAAAUUUCACACAUCUCUCUCUAUUUUCGACGAUUCCCUAUCUGGGAAUUCUACGGAAUUUGGAUCUAUAUCUGAGUGAUUAUUCAGACGUUACUGAGAGAUAGUUAUCUGAAUUUGUAAGACUAAAAGUGAAAUCAUAUUGAGCAUGAUGAAACUUAUGACUUAUGAAAGCAAGUACCAUGUCGUGAGAAGAUAGUUGGAAACAAAGAGAGACAAAUUUGCCAUAGACCAUGGUCUCCGAUACUCAACCGGUGAGCGUGGGGCCGGGGCUCUCUCGGGAUGGGUCAGGUUUUAUAGAAGACAUUGAAGAUGAAGGGGAAGGAUUUGAGGAGGAACUGGAAGGAGAGGGAGACGUCGGAGAUAUUGGGGACAGCGGGGUGGAAGACACGGCGGAAACGCCAGAUGCUUCAUCAUCCAAGACCGAUUCCGUGGUGAAAAAGAAGAGGAGGAGAAAAAAGAAAAUUAUUGGUAUUAACCUCUCGAGCUGCAAAUAUGAGUCAGUUCGAAGAAUGUCCAAGAAGUUUGGGAUGAAAGAAGUCGGGGAGGAUGAAGACUGGACGCUCUACUGGACUGAUUGGACUGUACCGUUGGAGAGGGUCAUGGAGAUGAAGAAAUACCAAAAAGUCAACCACUUUCCUGGAAUGACUGAGAUCUGCCGCAAGGACCUUCUGGCUCGCAACAUGACCCGGUUACUCAAGCUGUUCCCCAAGGAUUAUGCUAUCUUCCCUCGCACCUGGGUGCUCCCCGCAGAUUAUGGUGACUACCAGGCAUUCUGUCGGACUAAGAAGAACAAGACGUACAUCUGUAAACCAGAGAGUGGAUGUCAAGGAAAGGGGAUCUUCAUCACCAAGAACCCUAAAGAUAUCAAACCUGGGGAACACAUGGUCUGCCAACAAUACCUCUCAAAGCCCUUCCUCAUCGAUGGCUACAAGUUUGAUUUCCGAAUCUAUGUCGUGGUGACAUCUUGUGAUCCGUUCAGGAUAUACGUCUAUAAAGAUGGCCUUGUCCGCUUUGCCACCGUGAAGUACACGGAUCCAACCAAUAACAAUGUUGAUGAUGUUUGUAUGCAUCUCACUAACUACGCUAUCAACAAACACAGCUCAGACUUCAUAAGAGACGAUGAAAGUGGUCACAAAAGGAAAAUCACCACAGUCGACCAGUGGUUCAAAAACAACGGCUAUGACAUCGAGAAGAUCUGGAGGGACAUCCAUGACGUGAUCAUCAAGACCCUGAUCACGGCUCACCCGGUCCUCAAGCACAACUACCGCACGUGUUUCCCCAACCACAUCAAGGGCAGUGGGUGCUUUGAGAUCUUGGGCUUUGACAUCAUGCUGGAUAAGAAGCUCAAACCAUGGUUGAUAGAGGUAAAUCAUUCACCCAGCUUCCACACUGAUGCCAAACUCGACAAAGAAGUCAAAGAGGGUCUCCUAUUUGACACCAUGAACAUCAUCAACCUGACUCCGUAUGAUAAGAAGAAGUGUAUGGAGGAAGAGAGGAAAAAGAUAAAAGAGAGGCUCCUGGCACGAUCCAAGCCAAAAGAAUUUAGGAAAGAGGAAUACGAGGACACGUAUGAGAAAGCCGCAGAGGUCCAGCUCAAGUAUGAAGAGAAUCAUAUAGGGGGCUUUACCAGGAUAUACCCCAUGGACGACUCGGACAAGUAUGAGAAGUACUUCCAGCACAGUGGCUCCCUCUUUCAAGAAACCGCUGCGUCCAAAGCAAGAGGGGAGUGUGCAAGGCAACAAAGGGAAGAGAUCCGUGCCAAGCAGGAGAAGCUAGAGAUGAUGUUGAAGAAGAAACCCAGUGAGAGGAAGGACUCAGGAGGACUCAGACCAGAGAGUCCAAACGGCGAUGGCAGGACCAGGCGGAGAGGCAGGCCAACCGUUCCUCGUGUAGCUUUGGGCAAGAAACACUAUUCACGCUCACAUUCUGAUAAUUGCUACGACUACGAGACCAUCGACCUCACCAAGCCUCUUGAUAUCGUGGAAGAAGAGGAGCUGGAGAGGAUCAGUGCUCUUCUCCAAAGAGACAACCUGGUUCGAGGGUUGGGUGUGGUAGAGCAUGUCUACCGCCUGCUGCACUGUACCCCUGGCACAGUAGGUGUUAUGAAAAACGCAGAUAGGCAACCCAACUACUCUGCAUCCUCAAGGAAUUUUUCGAGCCAGGGUCUGAGUUACAGUAAUUCUCUGUCCCAGCUGAUGGGACACACCGACCCUGCAUGGUGUAUACCGAACGUACAACCAUUCAGUGAAAAGACACAGACUGUGAACCAUAACGUCCAAAUGGCCAAGACCCAGCCCCAACCUCCAGGAGGAAUGCCUUGGCCCACCUCGUCAGCUGGCCGCAAUGUUCGCACGUUAAGCCAGCAUGCGGACCAGGCAGGAAUGAUCAACGGCGCUGGCGUGGCCCCCAACCUCGCCGGUCAGCGGCAGCGUUUCCCGUCUCGCAAGGGCUCCCAGCACACGGGCAACAACUUGGUGAUUGCUGAACAGGACUUUCAGAAUCUUUCACUCAUGGACAAUGAGAGUUUGCGUGGGAGACAUGGUAAUAUGAACUCUACAGCGGCUGCAGCCGCUGCCUUGGGGCAGGGAGAUUGGAGAAUAAUGGACGGAGGAUACGCAAGAAGGAUACUCAGUGCAAAUACUGGACAAAGACGAGAAACUGGGACUGUGCAAGUACGGUUGAACACAAGAGGUGGGGGUGGGAGCAACCUCAAUUCCACUACACCUCCUCCAGGCUUAUAUACUACCAACAAUAACUUCCCAAACCUUAAAGUAGGACCCACAGGUGCCAAUACUUCAUCAGGUGCAAUGAUCAAUCUGUCCGUGGUGUCCGGUCCAGCUCCUGUGGUCCAAAGGCCUGACCUAGUGAGUGCAGGAAGUAGCAGAGGCACCGUCAGUAGAGACGCCAUCAGCAGUGCACCAGAUCCACAAAGUCACCCACUAAGAAUCAGCUUAAAAGCCUUUGAUGCUUCAACAGUAAUGCAAGUCAACAAAAUCGCAAAGAAUAAGAGGAGCUUCCAACACACUUAGGCUAAAGCAACUAGAGCUUAGAGAAACCCACGCAGUUGUUUUGAGUUGACGACAUCAUGCAGAUGCUGAGAUCCACGGCAGUGUGGUUUGCUUAUGAAUCUAGUGACAGUGACGUGGUCAUCCAAAUGAGUGUCUUCACACAGACCGACCACCAGUCUUCUGUAGGAUGUGAUCCUGCAUAGAGAUUCACCUGGAAGCAGCACCAUAACUGUCUCAUCGCAAGGUUAUUGUGAUGGUUUAGUAGCAAGCCAUUGAGUAGAGCUUCCUCAAGAUUAGCUUUUGGACGUGCUACAAUAUCCAUUACCAGGUGUCAAACAAAAGAGGCCAAUCACAAGCACUUGGAUGAUUUGGAAAGAAGAGAAAGUCACGGGACUUGCGGCAACCUUGCUUGGAUCUUUUCCUUCACCGUUUGUCCGGUUCAAACUCUGUACGGAAGUGGAAGCAACGGAUAUGUGAAUGCAUCGCUUGCAUCACUGAGCCCUCCACCAUGGAAUGUGACGUUCGUAGCGGCUGGGUGCUGAUUGGUCAAUUGAUCCAAAGAUUUCAUAUGCAUACACUGCAGACCCCCCAAAAAUGUUUCUUUUAGGGGGUGGGCUACAUUUCACAGCCCUAAAAAAGUAAGUAAAGUGGUACAGGAUUAGUUAGCGUUGUGAUGAGGUAUUUCAAGAAACUUGUGGUUAAUCGCUAAUCUAUUUUGUCUCCCCAAAUCAAUCAUAAGUCUUGCAAAUGACUGAAAAUUUGCAAGUGAUUGUGGAUCUGCUUUUGCAACAAGGAGUGUAAACUGAUUAGCAAAAGCUGAAAUUAACCUAUCAAUUUUAAAGUUGAUGCAAAAUUUAUGAUUGAUCGAAAACAUUUCGUGCAACACCCCCUCAGAUUCAUUCCAACACUGAUAAAGAACUAUAACUUUGGUGAAACUAAAUCCCAUUGUUUUGGGGAUUUUAUAGUGUUGAUGUGAGUCGUGGGAGGCUUCUAGGUAGUGUAUACUGCAACCCUUUCUAUAAACUUUAGCUGCAUGUUUCUUGAAGCCAGAGGUAUGGUGAGCUUUGCAGAUGCUGUGUGAUGAUUUAACCAUCCUCUAAUUGUUUUUGCUUUGGUCAAGAUUGAGAAAUCUUGAAUAAUCUCAGUAUUCUUUCAUUCUUGUUAUCAAGUGCACUUUUUCAUACCCUUGUACCUGUGUGAAUGUAUUCAGUAGUUCUGUCCGUCACCUGUUGUUUAUUAACUGAAGAGUGCACCUUAAACCAAUCGUUGGAUUUUGAUGAUAUAAAAGAGCUGAGGUCAUAAAACAACUCUUAGUUUCUCUCCACAUGCAAACUUUUCAAAAACGAGCAGUGUGACUAUUGCACACCCUGCAUCUAUAGUGGUUUAAAUUGGUUAGAAAUAGGUUUUAUUUGACUUCGAGGAAAAGCAUAGCUGUUUGUUACCAAGCAACCAACGGACUGAUAGCAAAAGAUCCUCACAGAGGAACCUUUAACUUAGGAUGAAUGAACUACCAAAGUGCUUAAAUGUAUUGGAUUUGUUCCAAACUUGGGUUACUGGGUUACAUUAUAUAUAUAUUUUUUUUUAAAUUCCCAGUGAAGAAGAAUAAAAGAUUCCUUCCAUAUAGAAAUGUUUUGGUCAUUUUUUCCAUCAUUCUCAAGAAUAUUUAUCCCACCAAAGAUAUUUUCCAUGUACAUACCUUGAUUUUCUUACAGAGAAACAUCGUCUUUCAAUAUAAUUCACUUCCUUACUUCUACAUGCAUGCCACUAUAAAGGGGUGUUGCAAGUAAUUCAGUUGCAGUCUUUUGCAAGUAUCAAUGACAAAUUUGUGACAGACGGAUCAAGUCUUAACUUUACCCAAGUAACCCAAUCAAUACAUACUUUCGGCUACAAGAAGCCAACCAGCAAUCAAGUGCAUAUUUGCAUAGAUUGACUACAUUUCCUGAUUAAUUUUAGGAUUUUAAAUGACAUGCAAUUGAUUGCGAGUUAUUUGCAAUGCCCCACUGACGUAACCAUCUGCCUUUUUUGUAUAACUUGUAUUUUUCAAUUAUAAUUUAAUCCCCAUAGAUGAAAUUAUAGUUCUUUGGUAGCAUUUUUGGAAGCAUUUUUCUUAGUUAUAUCUCUUGACAAGUAUCAUAAGCCUCUAAAUUUCUUGCUUCUGAUCGGCUGAAAGCAAAUUUUUUACUUUUUUUUUAAUAAAAUAUUUUUUAUGUGUUCAGUAGCAGCUAGCAUUCUUUGAGUCACUCUAAAGCCCGGCGGACACUACAGGAUCCAUUGCUGCGUGAUUUUCAAAGAUUUAUUAGCAGCCUUUGAUAUGUACAUUCGAACGAUGAGAAAUCAAAAUUCUGAAUCGUGAUAUGAAUAUUUAAAUCAAAAUCCAUUUUCUGUUUUAUUUCAAUUCUCGCUGUGCAUCGCAUAUUCAGUUGCAAAUUGCAAUGAAGUCAUCAUUAGCUCUGACUUCUUGAACUUCUUGGACUUUACUCAGACCACAGAUUUCUUAGUUUAGUAUACCUGGCAUUAUACCGAACUACUAUUAACAAAAUUAUGUUACUUCUUGCAACUUAGCCUACAUAUUAAAUGCAAAAUGCAGUUUGUUUAGUCACAAUUCUUUAACUAACUAUUACACUAUGAAAGCAGAGAACAAUAGGUUCAGUGAACCAAAUCUAUUCUUCUGUGCUUUUAUAAAUAAAUAUAAUAGUGAGUUAGACUCUAAAGAAAUGUGACUGGUGGUGCAUGGCAGACCUAAACACCCUUAACUUCAAAGCAUUAGACUGAAUCAUGUGUGAAGAUGUAUGAUGUCACAUAUUCAAGUGGAGGGGAGGGGGGGGGGGUGACCCAAAGGAUCCCCUACCCCUCAAAAAAUAGGUCGGUUGCUCAAAUAUAUGCCAGUGGGAUUAACAAUGGGUUUUAGUGAGCCGAAUCUCUAUUCUGUCUUUGACAUUCCGUUAAAUUUUCUAUUGUGGAUCCAAAAGUCUGUUUGGAUGUGUGUCUGUGUCAGGGCUGUUCAUUUACUACAUUUUUUUUUUCUGUAAUGAGUUAGUCGUGAACAAUUUUGAAUGUAUUUACUAUUGUUUGACUUUCUUGUUGGUGCCCAUUAUGAAAGUGAAAGAUUAGAAUUGAUGGUGAAAUCUGUAGUUAUGGGAAAGUUUGUUUUAGUUUAAUUAACCAGUUUAUUUAUUCUUCUUUAAGGUCCAAUGAUUCAAACUUUGUUAAGAUUUUUGCAGUAGUGGAGUGAAUAUCAGGCUAGCUUUUAGCAGCAGAAAGAA